AUGGUUAGCGCCAUGCUGCUUCCCGCCAGUGAGGAGGAGCCGGCGGGGCUGGCCUCCCAGGCUCCAGAGCAGGAGCUGCUCAGCGCUCAGUACCGGGUCCUGAGCGACAUCGGGGAGGGCGGCUUCGCCCAGGUGAAGCUGGCUCAGCACCUCCUCACCCACACCUUCGUGGCCAUCAAAGUCAUCCCCAAGACCGUGAACAAGGAGCUCAUCAGCACCGAGGUGGACCUCCUGAGCUCGGUGGACCACCCCAAUGUGGUCAAGUUGUAUGAAAUCAUAGAGACCCCACGCACGGUGUACCUCGUCAUGGAGAACGCAGAGGGCGGCGAUCUUCUGGACUUGGUCAAGACCGUCGGGUGUCUGUGGGAGGAGGAGGCCAGGUAUGUCUUCCGCCAGGUGGUAUGGGCCGUGCAGUACUGCCACCGGCAGGGCAUCAUCCAUGGCGACCUGAAAUUGCAGAACAUCCUCCUGGACGCCGACGGCAACGCCAAGGUGUGCGAUUUCGGGUUGGGCACCAGGGUCGGGGCCAGCCAGAAAGUCCUGGCAGCCGGGGGCACCUUACCGUUCUGCGCCCCGGAACUCCUGUUCCUCAAGGCCUACGAUGGCACCAAGGCUGACGUCUGGAGCCUGGGCGUGUUGCUGUACGCCUCCGUGGUGGGGCGAUUCCCGUUUCGGGGAGACACGGCCAUCCAGAUGGAGAGGGCGGUGAUGAAGGCUGAGUUAGGCUUCCCCGCCCACGUCUCCGGUGACUUCCGGGAUUUGGUCACCAGCAUGGUGGCCGUGGACCCCAAGCGCAGGCCCUCGCUGCAGCACGUGUUGGAGCACCCCUGGCUCCAGCAGGGGGUGCAGGAGCCCCCAGCUCCGGAGAGCCACCCCCCGCGCCCAGACCUCUCCAUUUUGGAAGCCAUGGCUGGUAUGGGCUACGACCCACAGCAGGUGAAAGAGGCCUUGAGUGCCAAGAGCUACAAUGCGCUCAUGGGCGUCUACCUGAUGCUGGAGCAAAAGAAGUCAGAGUCCGGGGACCAGAGCGACCACCCGAAGACCCUGGAUUCUACCAUGGUGCCGUGCCAGUCCCGCGUCAGGUCUUUGUCCAAAAGCACCACAUCCAGACCCAGUGUGUGUGCCCUGCGCUCCUUCGCCCUCAAGGAAGACCAGAAGGGCAGCACCGAAGUCCUCCACACGUCCCCAGCCUCCUCCCCUCCCAGCCCAUCCCCAGCCUCCAACGCCCUGGGGGAGACAGGGGACAACGGGCCCCACGAAGGUCCAGCAGAGUCCCAGGACUCACCCCCCGCGGGACAUAGUUAUGUCAGGGUGAAGAGCAGAAAGGUGUGGAAGAGACUGAGGAGGUGCCUGAGGUGGUUCCAAGGGCUCUGUUGUUGCUUGCCUUUGGGAAAGACAGAGUGCCGGAACAAAGUCGUCCCUGUGGAGAGCGAGAAGAGCGAGGAGAGCGAGAAGAGAGAGGAGAGCGAGAAGAGCGAUGAGAGUGAGAAGAGAGAGGAGAGCGAGAAGAGAGAGGAGAGUGAGAAGAGCGAUGAGAGCGAGGAGAGAGAGGAGAGCGAGAAGAGAGAUGCUGAGUGA